AUGCAUCGUAUAAUGAUAUUUCUAUAUGUAUUACCAUUGGUAUUGGUUAAUACAAUCAAUAGUGCAAACUGGGAUUAUGGCAAGCAUGGACCUGAUGUUUGGAAAGAGAUAUCUUCAACAUGCGCUGGAAACAACCAAUCACCAAUCAAUAUUCAAACAGCAUGUACAACCCAUCAAACUUUUGACCCAUUCCACUUUACAUCUAUCCAUUACCAACAAAUCAAGUUCAAACUCACAAAUAAUGGGCAUACAAUAAACGCAGUACCGAAUAGUCCAACAACAAUAUCAUUAACGGGUGGAAAUUUAAAAGGAACAUAUGUUUUUGAAAGCUUUCAUAUUCAUUGGGGACCAAAUCACAAUAGCGGGAGCGAGCAUCAGGUGAAUGGUGAUAAAUCUGAAUAUGUAUUCAUCAAUUAUGCAUACACUUCAUCGUUUACAUAUUUCUGA